AGUUUUUAUAACUUUCUAAUACAGUGGUUGCCUUGCUCGGAGCUGCUGGCUGUCAGAAAAACACACGAAGAUGGCGUGGCGCUGCUGCGGUGCAACAUGUCGGUUUACAGGGAAAAUACACGCAAAUUUGAGAGAGUCAUUCAUAUCUACGAUGUUCUUAUUUGUGUGUUUACUUUUUCCUUUUACCACCGAAGCUGGCUUGUACACCGCUUCUGAUCAGGUAGUCGUUUUAACCCCGGAUAAUGUAGACAGCGUUUUGGUGAAUUCUACGGCCGCACAGGUGGUUGAGUUUUACGCCUCUUGGUGCGGGCAUUGUAUUGCAUUUUCUCCCGUAUGGAAAAGUCUCGCAAGAGAUAUUAAAGAAUGGAAACCGGCUGUGGAUUUAGCUGCCAUAGACUGUGCUAAUCAAGAUAAUGGCCCGAUUUGUUCCCGUUUUGGUGUCAGGGGGUACCCAACACUGAAGUUCUUCCACGCUUACUCCAAACCUGACUCCAAGGGAGAAGGUUUCAGAGGAUUUUCUCGUGAUGUGAGUGGUUUACGCCAUAAGAUCAUCGAUAAGAUGGAGACCCAUGAGGAGCCGUGGCCCCCUGCCUGCCCCCCUCUGGAGACAGCUAGCAAAGCAGAGCUUGACAACUUCUUUGAGACUAACAAUGUGGAACACCUGGCCUUGAUCUUUGAGACCUCUAACUCAUAUGUGGGCAGAGAGGUGACUCUGGACCUACUGCAGUAUGAGAACAUAGCCGUGCGGAGGGUCCUGAGCACUGAGGACGCCCUGGUGGCUAAACUGGGUGUGACCGACUUCCCAUCCUGCUACCUGUACUAUCCUAGUGGGAUCUCCACCAGGCUCCAUGUACAACUUGAGGCCCGGACCUUCUACUCCUACGCCCUCCAGAGGCUUCCUGGGGUAGUGCGGGCCGGAAAGCCACUGCCAGUGACCUCUGACCUUGCGAAAAACACAACAGAGGACCAAUUGAGACCAUUCAACAGGUCUCGUGUGUAUAUGGCAGACCUGGAGUCUACUCUGCACUACUCUCUGCGCGUGGAGCUGGCAGCUCACCCUGUCAUCAAAGGAGAGGCUCUGAGCACACUACAACGCUACAUCUCAGUACUAGCGAAGUACUUCCCUGGUCGUCCUGUGGUGAAGAACCUGCUGAAGUCAGUGGACACGUGGCUGAAGGGUCAGAAGGACACAGAGCUCUCCUACAGCUCUCUGAGGGAUGCUCUGGACAACACUGCAGAGGUACCUGAUGCUGCGCUGCCUGAGGGGGUGCGGUGGGUGGGCUGCCAGGGCUCCAAGCCCCACUUCAGAGGGUUCCCCUGUGGCAUGUGGACCCUUUUCCAUGUCCUCACUGUACAAGCCGAGGAAGCUGCUGGCAAAGACCCCCAGGAGGUGCUCCAGGUGAUGAGGUCAUACAUCCACAGUUUCUUUGGCUGUCGGGAGUGUGCCACCCACUUUGAGAACAUGGCCAAGGAGAACAUGUCCCAUGUGAGGACACUGUCCUCCGCCGUGCUGUGGCUCUGGUCCCACCAUAACCACGUCAACAGCAGACUGGCAGGUGCCCUGAGUGAGGAUCCCCACUUCCCUAAGAUCCAGUGGCCGUCCCCAGAGCUGUGUCCCAGCUGCCAUGGGGUUAAGAGGAGUGGAGAACACACCUGGAACCAGGAAGAGCUGCUCACCUUCCUCCACUCCCACUUCUCCUCUGAACACCUCCUCUCUGACUACCUGGAGGAGGAGGCCCAGCUCCUCAGCAGGCAGAAGGAGAGGCUAGUCGCCAGGCAGCAGGGGCAGGAGGCCAAGAGAGGAGCAGAGAGGAGGGCCAGGGAGGCUCAGGACACCUUGGUUGAACCACCACCAGGCCAGGAGGAGGAGGAAGAAGAGGAGGAGGAGGAGGAAGAGGAAGAAGAGGAGGAGGAAGUGGCGCGGAGGGCAGGGGCAGGAGGAGAGGUGCAGAUGUCUGAACCCCCACCCUGGGUAAAGCCCAAUGCAGAAGUGUCCCUCCAACCCCAGCGCAGGGCCAGCAUCGUGGGGCUGAAGUUCAGGCCCCACCAAGAGGAGAUUGUAGACCUGGACUCCUUCAUCAACCAGCAGUACAAGGCCAAGGCCCUCCACGCUGCAGCCGCGGUGUCCUCCCGUGUCAAACGCAGGACCCUGCAGAAGGAAAAGCCGCAGCCUGGAGCCGGCCUGGAACAGGGGCCGGUGCUGCGGCUGGGGAUGCAGCCCGUGGAGCCAGAGGACUUGUUAGGGCAGCACAACACGCUGCAGAAGAGGAUCCUGACGGGCCAGUACACUGGGUCAGAGGAGGAGGGGACUCUGGAGAUGUACCCCCGCCCUAACAAGAGGCGCUGGAUGUCCUUGCUGAGCGUGGGCUUCUCCAGACUGGAUAUCAGCCUGUGUGUGCUCCUCUACUUCAUGUCCUCCAUGUGUCUGCUGGCCAUGUACCUCUUCUUCAAGAACCGCUGGCGGCUGCGCCGGGCCAAGGUGGCGCUGCCCUGAGUCAACACUACCUGGCAGAGAUACUGUAGAUUUUACCCAUACAGUGAUGCUGUGGUCUGUUCUUAAACCCUCCAACUGAAGGAUCUGUAAUAUUCUGCAUCAAUGGAUUGCUUCGUGGUGCUUGCAUUCAGGAUAAUAAUUUAUGACCCAAAAAAUGUUGUAUUUUUUUACCACUUCUGAAGGAUGAAUUAAAACAUGAGGGAAUUAAUGGGAUUUUAAUGAUUUUUGUGAAUACAACACAAGGGGUUUAUUUGAUAUGUAUUGUAAUUUUUAGGCUGUAUAUAAUGCCAUAUGACAAAUUCAUUUAUGUGAAAAGAUAAUCACUGUAUGUAUAUAGUUUUAUGGAUAAAAGCCCUAAUGCAAUAUGAGAAACACCGCUCUUUCUCAUGGGCCUGUCAUUGCAAGCCUUUCCAAAGAGUUCUAUGAGCUGUGUACUCUAACAACUAUUUUAUAUUCUUAGAAAGAAAUCAGCCUCCAUUCGAAAAUGUGAUUUUACAAAGAGAAAUGUGCUUUGAAUGUCAUUUUGGAAAAACAGUGUCUGCAAGAAGAUUAUCUAUAUUGAUUUUAGCAUUAAGCAAGCGGAUGCUUCCAAAUAAACAAAGAUGCCAUAUGAUAACAGUAUAUAUAUACGCCCUGUUCAGAUUGUGUGUGUGUGCUCAGAUUUGUGUAGCUUAGUGUUCACACAUUAGUUCUUAUUCUGUGGUUCACACAUUCUGUUCCACAGUGGUCUGUGUUGUGACUGGCCAUGCUAUGCUAUUGUCUGAUUGGCUAGUGCAUGUUACAUGUCCCAAUUAGCUUUGCACAAUAGAGUUUUUAGACAUUAAUGAAGUGUUGUAGAGCAGCACUUGUUCACAGGGUACAAAAUAAGCAGGAUUGGGGUUUUGGCUGGUGUCCAUUACAUUAGGCUUACUGGUCUCAUUCAACUCAAUAUACUGUGUUUUGCUUUGCUUAUCUCAAUCAAUAAAAUUAUUUUUGCAAAAAUCGUG